AGCUGCAGAACUUCACCAGUUGAAACCAAGCGCUCCCAGGUGGACUUGCAGAUACAUUUGCUAAGAGCCAUGAAGGUCCUUGCUGUGCUCGUCCUAGCCGUUUUCACCGGCUGUAAUGCCAACCUCUUCUAUGCUGAUGCACCCAAGCCACAGCUGGAAGUGCUGACUGAUGCCUUCUGGGACUAUGUUUCUAAGGCCACCCAGACAGCUGAUGACACCCUCCAGAUGAUCAGGAAGUCUCAGUUUGGACAGGAUGUGAGUGCCCGUCUGACAGAGGGUGCUGACAUGGCCAGCACAUAUGCAGUUUCCAUCCAGGAGCAGCUUCCUCCUGCAGCCCAGGACCUGAUCACUAAAGUCACCACAGAGGCUGAUGUGCUGAAAGAGCGUCUGACCCAGGAUCUGAACACAGUCAAGGACAGGCUGGAGCCCUACACCGAGGACAUUAAGGCCCAGAUCCAGCAGAGAGUGGACCAGCUCAAACAGGAGCUGGCACCCUACGCAGAAUCUGUGGACACCGAGGCCCUGAGAACCACCCUGAUACAGAAGAGUGAGGAGCUGAAAACCAACCUGGAGCAGAGUGUGAAAGAUCUGCAGACUCAGCUGGGGCCCUACACUGAUGACCUGAAGGUGAAGGUGGACCAGCACCUGCAGGAGUUUAAGGAGAGUGUGGCACCUGUGACCGAGAAAGUCCAGAGUGAGCUGACCCAGAGAGCCCAGCAGGUGAAAGAGAUGGCCACACCCUACGUUGAUGAGCUGAGGGAAAAGCUGGACCCCUACGCCCAGGAUCUCCAGGCUCGUCUCACCUCCCUCUACGAGUCCUUUGUUAAAACCAACUAAGUCAACUUCACCUCACGUUAAGAAAGGAACUACAUCCAAAGAACUAAUUACCUGAUACCAGCAACACCGCCAUGCUGUUAACAACAGCACAAGCUCAUCAAUUCAGAAAGCUAAAUACAGUAUUUAAAUGCAUUAAUAACAAAUAUUGAGUGUUGGUCUGUGACCACACACGGUGCUCUCUUCCUAUAUUAUGGAAAUAAAGUAAAAAGGAAACAUCAA